CUGGGAAAUGUAGUCUCUGCAGGUGGUCGGGAGCCCGGGGCAUGCCGGGAGCCGUAGUCCUGGAGGACCAGCCGCCCCCGGGGCCAGUAUGUCGUUCAAGAGGGAGGGAGACGACCCCAGCCAGCUCCACGUGCUCAAGAAAAGAAGAGUUGCCGAUCUUCUGGCUCAUUACAUUCCGGAGGAUGAAGCCUUGCUCCUGAGGGACGGCAGAUACGCCUGCACCGUGUGCUUCCACAGGCCCGUAUUUGACACUCUCAACAUGCUCACGGUCCAUCGAUCUGGCAAGAAGCACCUCACCAGCUUGCAGAAGUUCUACGGGAAGAAGCGGUCCCUUGAAGACGAAGUGUGGAAACGCCAUCAUGAGGCCUACCUCCGGGCAGAAGAAACUGGCGCCCAGGUUUCCCCAGGCCCGGCUCCUUUGCUCCUGCAAACCAAGAAAAUUGCCCAGAAUGCUUUACUGAAAACCGCGCCAUAUAACAGCUGCUGUCGACGGAACAG